UCUGACACGCACACACAGAACUGAAGUGGACCAGCAUGGACCUGGACCCGACCUUCCUCCUCCCGGCUCUCCUCGUCACCCUGGUUCUCCUCUAUUUCUCCUCAUCUCUCCUCGCUAAGAAGCCCAAACCUCUGCGCUCCUCAGAACCACCGGCUCCAGAGGGGCAGAAGUGGGACCGGCCGGACUCUAAACUGACGACCGUCCCAGAACUGGAGCCAGACCCGGUGACAGUAACUGAAACUGUUCCACAGCAGGUAGCUGUUCCAGAAACAGCUGGAGAAGCAGAACCUGCAACAGAAGCAGCUAAAGAACCAGAACCUGUUUCAGAACCAGCUAAAGAACCAGAACCUGUAACAGAACCAGCUAAAGAACCAGAACCUGUAACAGAACCGGCUAAAGAACCAGAACCUGUUUCAGAACCAGCUAAAGAACGAGGACCUGUAGCAGAACCAGAUAAAGAACCAAAACAUGUAACAGAACCAGAUAAAGAACCAGAACCUGUUUCAGAAUCGGUAUCAGCUCAGGAACUUGUCCCUGAAACAUUAACAGCAUUAGAAUCUGCACCUGAACCAGCUCCAGAACCAGUUCCAGAAACUGAACCUAUCCAAGAACCAGCUGGUCUAGAGUCAGUUGUCAGGUCAGAACCAGAACCCGAAGAGGUCCAACAGCCGAGGAAAGAACCAGAAAAAGUUGAGAAGGUUGAGGACUCUGCACCUGAGCCGGUCCCUGAAUCUCCAAGACCGGCUGAAGAAAAGUCCAAAGACCCAGAACCAGAGAUGGUCCUGAAAGACGAGGCUGCAGCUGAAGAGGAGAACCAGAGCAGAACACAUCUGAUGAUGGAGGAGGAGCAGAGGGUUCAGCAGGAGCAGCUGGCGGCCAUCUUCCUGCUGCUCAGAUAGAACCGGGUCGGUGACGGGUCGCUGGUGAACUGAGGAGCUGCUGAGGUUUGUGUGCGUCGCCAUGGCAACAGAUGAAGGUUCAAGAACUUGAGGGAGUGACACAACAAUAACAACUACAGCCGAUGGCUUGAUCCUGAAUCUUGUUUGUUGUUCUGUUUACUAGUGAGUGCAGACAUUGUUGUUAUUUACAUAUUUGAAUAUUUACUUCCUGUUUACAAUCAACAACGGUUGUUUUUACUUUGUGUCACCUGGAG